AACUCAAACGUGCUAAUUUUCUCCAUCGUUGAGCCAGCCAGCAGCGGGAAGCGCCGUUGUUUUAAUGAACCGGCGGGGAGGACAUCUCUGUGUCACCUGUGGGGAUUCAUUGUUGUAUAUUUUUCGACUCGCCCACGAGCAUGCCGUCCACAGGCGCCCGCGCGUCGCCCACGUGAGGAAAUAAGGGUAGGAACUCUGCCCGCUGUCUCAAGUUUGUAUUAACUACUCUAAACGAUUGACAGCGCAAUUUCUCCAAUCGAUGUUUGCAGAGAUUGGGUACGUGACUCUUGCCGUCCUAUGUCGAUGAAAAGCUGCAUCAGAGCCCGCCCGAGGCCACACCCCAAAUAGCGCCUCUCCGCAUUGUGACAUCUGUGUGGGCGGGGUCACCGCUCGGGGCGAGGGCAGGUAGGUAGGUGGGCUCCGGCUCAGCGCAGCUGUCCCUACCGCGUCGUGCAGAUUGGGUGGCCUGCUGCCUGUCCCGCCAGUGCUAGCGUGUCGCCGUGCCCGCGCCGGCGAGGGGUCAGCGCCUUUUCCACCCAGUGGUCUCAUCGGUGCCGCGUGGCCAAACCCCACCGCUGCUCCCCGCGCGCGGCGCUGCGGCAUCGGCGGUGGGGAGUGAGCGCACGUGGCCAUGGAAGCGGCGGGCGGGUUGUGGCAGUGGCUGUCGAGGACGGAUGAGCGGCGGCUGCUGGAAAUCCUGUCCUACGGGCUGGUGGGCAUGGGGGCGCUCUCCACGCUGCUGCUGUGCUUCCUGCGGAUGCCGUACGGGCGCUACUCCACUCGCCGCUUCGGCUGCCCCGUGCCCGCCCGCCUGGCCUGGGCGCUGCAGGAGCUGCCGGCGCUGCUGGUCCCGCUGGGGCUGAGCCACUUCAGCGGCGCGGCCCGCCUCUCCGAGUGGCCGAACCGGGUCCUGCUGGCGCUCUUCAUCGUGCACUACGCGCACAGGGCACUCAUCUUUCCUAUCUUGAUUCGUGGAGGAAAACCAACACCAUUCAUUAUUUUUGCACUAGCACUCAUAUUCUGUGUCUAUAAUGGAUACUUGCAAGGCCGGAGCUUAAGUAAUUAUGCAGAAUAUCCUUCUGGUUGGCUGAAAGGUCCUUGUUUCAUUGUAGGUUUUGCAGGGUGGCUGAGUGGCAUGGCAAUUAAUAUCUAUUCUGAUCACAUUCUCAGAAAUCUGAGAAAACCAGGGGAAACAGGCUACAAAAUACCAAGAGGAGGAUUGUUUGAAUAUGUAACUGGAGCCAACUUUUUUGGAGAGAUUCUUGAAUGGUUUGGAUUUGCUCUUGCCAGCUGCACCAUUGAAAGUGCUGCUUUUGCCAUAUGCACACUUUUCAUCCUAGGUUCCAGGGCACACCAACAUCAUCAAUGGUAUCUUGAGAAAUUUGAAGACUACCCAAAGUCCAGGAAGAUUGUGAUUCCAUUUGUGUUCUGAGGGGUGUGUCAUGGAGUUGGCUGACUUUGAAUGAUGAUGGCUGCUAUUCUGAAAAUAUUCAGUUCACAAACAACUCCCAACAAGUUAGCCUAAAGGUUUUCUUUAAAUAUUUUCAGUGCCACUUAUGUUCGUUUCCUAACAUAUAAAAUACAACUGAUGGAUAAGGUCAUAGUGACAGAAGAAUCAGCCAGCAUGUUCCUAUUCGGAACACAGUGUAAUAAAUACCUUAGUAAGAUCAUAUCUUCAUCACUGGAACUACAGUGGUGCCUGUACUGCUUCUUAUCCUGCCUCUACCUGUUCCUGUUUCUGCCUCAGCCAGGCCCAAUACCUCCAAGAUUUCAUAUAUUGCACCAUAUCUAAUCCCACACAAAUACUGGAUUGACUUGCCUUACCCCCCAUGGAUAAUCUACUGCUAGUAGUGUCACUAAAUGUAAAAAGAAAAGGAGUACUUGUGGCACCUUAGAGACUAACAAAUUUAUUUGAGCAUAAGCUUUCGUGAGCUACAGCUCACUUCAUCGGAUGCAUUUGGUAGAAAAUACAGAGGGGAGAUUUAUAUACACACACAGAGAACAUGAAACAAUGGGUUUUAUCAUACACA